UAGAAUUUAACAUAAAUUUGCAUGUAGGCACACCAAGGUAUAUCAACAAGGAGUGAAUGGUUUCUUAGCUUUUGCAUUUAGGAAUUCAGCUAUAGGCAACAAAAUAUUAUGCCCUUGUAAAAGGUGUUUUAACUCAUUUUGGAGAGAGGCAAGUGAAGUACGUGAACACUUGAUAUGUGAUGGGUUUAUAAAAGGGUACAAAAUAUGGAACUUACAUGGAGAAGCUAGCUCCUCUUCUGUUAAUCAAGGGAUUGAGGCUACGGAGGAGUCUAACGAAGAUGAUGACAUAUCAGAUUUGCUUAGAGAUUUAGUUGCCGGUUUAGAUGAUAGAGGUGAUUUUGAGGACAAUAGUUCUGUUAUUGAGCCUUGUGAAGAGCUAGUUUCCAUCCAAAAAUUGGUCGCAGAAAAUAGCAAAGAGUUAUAUCCCAGUUGCCAGAAAUAUACACAAUUGCGUUUCCUAAUUAGAUUACUCCACAUCAAACUCCUUGGAGGAUGGACCGAUAGAUCUAUGAACCUGCUACUAGAUCUACUUAAUGAUGCCCUUCCUGAGGGUUCAACACUCCCUAAAAGCUUUUAUGAAGCUAAGAAAUUGGUGAAAUCUAUAGGAAUUGGGUACAACAGUAUUCAUUCAUGUCAAAAUGAUUGCAUUCUCUAUUGGAAGGACAAUGAAAAUUUGGAUUCAUGCCCAAAAUGUAAGGUUUCACGGUGGAAAUCAAUACGAAAGAGUCUAGAUGGGAAACAUAUCUACAAAGUCCCUAAAAAGGUUCUCCAUUAUUUCCCAAUCAAGAAAAGACUCCAAAGGUUAUUUUUGACCUCUAAAAUGGCAAGUCUAACUAGAUGGCAUGAUGAGGACCGGAAAAAAGAUGGUUUGCUAAGGCAUCCUGCAGAUUCACCUUUAUGGCAGAACUUUGACCAAAAACAUCCUAACUUUGCUGCAGAUAGCCGUAAUAUCCGCCUAGCAUUUGCAACUGAUGGCUUUAAUCCAUUUAGGAGCAAGAAUGUUAGCUAUAGUGUAUGGCCUGGUAUUUGUAUUCCCUACAACUUUCCACCUUCAAUGUGCAUGAAGCAAUCAAAUUUUAUCCUUUCUUUGCUGAUUCCUGGUCGAAAUGGACCUGGUAGUGCGAUGGAUGUCUAUUUUCAACCCCUUGUUGAUGAUCUGCUAGAUAUGUUUGUCAAUGGAGUUAGAACUUAUGAUGCUUCAAAGGGUGAGUUCUUCAAUUUGCGAGCAGCAGUAUUGUGGACUAUUACUGAUUUCCCAGGUCUAGGGUACACGUCCGGAUCUGUCACCUCUGGUGAAGCAGCAUGUCCUGAUUGUCACUACCAUACUUGUUCACUUAGACUUAGUAAUGGCAGCAAGACUUGCUUUAUGGAUCAUCGUAUAUUCUUGCAUGAAAACCACCCAUUUAGGUUUGAUGCUGAUAAAUUUGGUGGCAAAACUGAGUUUAGGCCAGCACCUACUCCGCUUUCCGGAGAACAAAUUUUAGAGUGCACUAAAGAUCUUAAUCCAAUUUUUGGCAAGGAUCCAUCCGGAAAAAACAAGCAAAGCGCAAGAGACGCAAGGAAGGGGAACCAUUAGUCAUUUUUAAAAAGAGAUCUAUUUGGUUUAAACUCCCAUAUUGGAAAGAUUUAAUGUUGCGACAUAAUUUUGACUUCAUGCACAUAGGGAAGAAUGUGAGUGAAAGCUUAAUUAAUACAUUUUUGGGCACAGAUGGAAAAUCGAAGGAUAACUUGAAUUCUCGGUUGGACCUUCAAGCUCUAGGCAUUAGAGGUGAUCUUCACCCCAUUGAAGUUGAAGACCAAUAUUAUUUACCACCUGCACCUUACUCAAUGAGUUCUAAUGAGAGAAAGCUAUUCUGUCAAGUACUAAAAGGGGUGAAGUUUCCUGAGGGUUAUGCAUCUGAUAUACGGCAUAAUGUACAUGUUAAAGAGAAAAAGGUAUUUGGCCUUAAGAGUCAUGAGAGCCACAUAAUUCUACAACACCUGCUGCCGCUUGCUGUGAGAAAAAUAUUGCCUGAGGUGGUCAGCGCUGGAGUGAUUCGUAUAAGUAAUUUUUUCAAGAAACUUGCAUCACCUGUCAUUCGAAUCAGCGAUAUGGAAAGUCUUGAGGCUGAUAUAGCUGAAACAUUGAGCUUUCUUGAGAUUGUAUUCCCACCUUCUUUUUUUGAUAUUAUGGUACACUUGAUGGUACACCUUCCUACCCAAGCAAGGAUAGCUGGUCCAGUCCAUUUCCGUAGCAUGUGGCCAGUAGAGAGGUAUUUGAUGAGAUUGAAGGGUUCUGUUCAUACAAAAAGCCAUUGUGAGGGAUCAAUUAUGGAGUGGUCUUUGUUUACUGAGUGCCUUACAUUUUGUGCUCGGUAUUUACAUGGUGAGACUCAUUUGAACCAUCAACUUAGAGAUGAUGAACAAUAUAGUACAACUCCUUUCUUCCAUUGCAUUGGUCGAGGAUUAGCUGGGAAGUGCACAGUGAAUUUAGACCACAAAACAUGGCUACAAGCCCAUAGAUACGUCUUGUUCAACUACGACAAUAUAGGUCCUUACUUGGACAAGCAUGCUCACUAUCUCUCCUCAAUUGGGGUUCGAAAUAAACGAGCGGUCAACCGCAUGCAGCAUGAAUCCUUUCAUGAGUGGUUUAGGUUGCAUGUGGAAGAAAUUGGUGAAGAAGCACCACAUGAGAUAAAAAUUUUAGCUAAGGCACCAAUGAUGGUUGCACGGCAAUAUAGUAGUUAUACCAUUAAUGGGUUCAAUUUCCACACAAAGUCCUAUGAUGAGGGUAGGUCUAUUCAAAAUAGUGGGGUUGUUGUAGUUGCAGAGUCAACAUGCUUUGAAGGGGGCAGAAAUGAUGACAUUAUUAUUGGAAACAAGGCCUAUUAUGGUAUUAUAAAGGAAAUUCUUGAACUAAACUAUCACCACAACGGAAAUGUAGUGUUGUUCAAGUGCGAUUGGGUUGACAAUCGUGUGGAGCACAAAUGGGUAAAAACUGAUCAAUUUGGGAUCACAAAUGUCAAUUUCAAGCAUCUGUUCAAUACCGGUGAAAAAAUAUCAGAUGAACCAUUCAUUCUAGCAUCACAGGCACUUCAAGUAUUCUAUGUUCCUGAUCCGAUUGAUACUGAGUGGGCUGCUGUUGUUCAGUCAAAACCUAGGGACUUGUAUGAUGUGGAUGAUUUGGAGAACGAGCACACAGAUAAUUGUAGUGGACAAGCUAUGCUUUUUCCCGUUCUCAAUGGCAAUGUGACAGUGGAUAUUGUAAGAGGUGUUGUCCCUUCUGUUAGAGCAGAUAUAGAUGGUAUAAUUGUUGGUCCAAAAAAAUCUAAAAAAAAGCUCUACGAAGAGAAAAUAUGAGAAAUGCAAGAAGAAACAUUAAUGAUGCCCCUGUAAAUGCGUACGAGCAGCAACGAAUAGCAAUCAUUGCAGAAAACAAAAGGAAGCUAGCAUCUCUUAAUAUCCCUACUUUGAAGACCGCGGGUCCAUCCGAGAAAAGAACAAAGAGGACUCAUGACACAAGUGUUGUAGCAACUGAAGGUCAUAAUUUACGUGCAAGGCCACAAAGAAACUAUAAUGGGAAUGAAAAUAUACAGAUCGAUGAAGAUCUUGUGAUAAAUCAAUCAGAUGGAGACUUUCUAUGUGAUAAUGAAGCAGAUUUUGAAGACAUUCCAAAAAAACGAGCAGGGAAAGGAAGGGGUAUUACUAGGCUAGAUGACAUAUUCGCAAGGAAAUCUGACAUGCCUAAAAUAAAAAUAACACUAAAUGAACAUGGUCAGCCUGUUGGAAAAGAUUGUAGGAAGUUUUCUAGUGCCAUUGGGUGUCUAGUGAGGAAGAAACUAUCAGUUGCAUGUGCUGAUUGGAGGCUGGUUCCUGCUGAAAAGAAGUAUGAAGUUUGGACAAGCAUUAAGGAAAUCUAUGACAUCGAUGAUGCUGCCUUCAAUUGGUUCCUUGCUAGUGCCGGGAGAAAAUGGAAGGAAUUCAAGGCAACCCUAAAGGAGCAAUACUUUAAUGAGAAACUAACAAAUGAGGAGCUGAAGACAAAAGUUGGUGACAGAGUUGAUGAUGAUGCUUGGAAUUUUCUCACAGAAUAUUGGAUGUCUCCUAACUUUGAUGCUCGCACGGAAAUUGCCAAGGUCAAUCGCUCAAAGUUGGAGCAACAUCAUACAUCUGGCAGUAAAAGCUUUGCUUGUUCUGGUCAUGAAAUGGAAAAGAAACUAGGGCGUCCUCCUCGAAGAGAUGAACUUUAUAUCAAAACACAUACAAGAAAAAAUGGAGUUCCCUUGGGUCCAGCAGAACCAAUAAUUAACAAACUUAAAGCAAUAGUUGAAGCACGUCCAGAGUUGAAGGAAAGAUCAAUUCAACAAGGUGAUGCCUUUGCUGCCGUUUGUGGAGAAAAGGAACCAAGAGGACGGGUUCGUGUUUUGGGUCUAGGUCCAACUCCUCAAGAAGUUGGUACCCCUGGGUUGAAGUGCUACACACCAACAAGACUUCAAAUGGAAGUUUUUGCUCGCAAAAAGCUUGAAAGUGAGAAAGCAGCCUUAGAAAAACGUAUAGCGGAUAUGCAAGAGGAAAUGAUGGAACGAGAAAAGCAAAAUGUUGAAAUGGGAUCACACAAUGAUUCAAAUUCAAGACUCCAUUCGCAGAGCCCAAGAGAGGAGCAUAUUCACCAGGCGCAUGAUGCUCAGUUCCAAGAAGAUGAUGCUUCUCUAGAUAACCAUUGUGAAGAGGAUGAGUACGUGUUUCUCCCCAGGGGUGGUAAUAUUCGCCCUACAAGCGUGACCACAACUAGGCCAAGAAUUGUUUCUGCGACUCGCUUUUCACAUGAUGCACUUGUUGGGGAAGAUGGUGCACAAACAUCUGUACCACCCAAUGAAUGCAACCCGAUUCAACCUAAAAGAGCAACCACAUCAGUCUGGCCUAGAAAUGAUGCUGCCACUCGCUUUUCACAUGAUGUUCGACCAAGAAAUGAUGCUGCCACUCGCUUUUCACAUGAUGUUCAGCUAAGAAAUGAUACUGCCACUCACUUUUCACAUGAUGCACUAGUUGGGGAAGAUGUGAUACUCUAUGCAAUGUUGAGAUCUGAUCCUGUGGCAAAGGGAACAAUUACUUCAACUAAUCCAAACACUGUGCUAGGAGGUGAAAAUCUUGGAACACAAUUUUGUGAAGUAGUUGUGAAUGUUGUGCUAAAAAGGGACGCAGAUCUACCUCGCCCUUAUGACCAUAUGGAGACCAUGGGUGAUGCUUAUAUGAUGCCUGUUGCAUGGCCAUACAAGAGAAUGAAGGUCAGCAAGGCUUCCAAAUCAUCCCAUGUUGCUACUGGUAAUUCUGGGAUAUGCUAGGUAGCACAUUUGAUGGACCAGCUGACAGCAACUUGUUCAAACAGCAAGCAUAUGGUGUAAUGGAGAAGGGUUGUCUUCUUAGUUUGCAGCUUUUGGGUUUCUUACAUUAAGACUGUAGUUGUAGCUUUUGGGUUGCAAGCAUAUGGUGUAAUGGAGAAUGGUUAUAGCUUUUGGGUUGUUGUGUUGACAACUGUAAUAGUACUGACUGUGUGCUGUUUGGAAGCGACAAUGCACUUUUGCUGCUUGUGCUUGGUA